ACCUCCCCUCUCCUUCCCAUCAUUCGUGAUAAAUAGACCCUUUUUUUUUUGCCUUGGUUCGAAUAUUUUGGUACACUCCUAGUGACAGUCGAACGAAGAACGAAACAAUGCCUUUACCCGUAAUAUCCAGUCGUAGCUCCUUUAUCGAACCUAUUAUUGAUACAACCAUCAUGACUUCCACAUCAACCUUAGAAAACGCCACUACUACCACUUCUACAACUAUGACCAGUUCAGCAGCAACACCAACAACGACAACAACUGGCGAAGAAAAAAUAAAUCAUAUCCCUGCGAUACAAACUUUGUCCACUUCAAUGCAGUCUUCUAGUUCAUCUGAAAGUUAUACUGAUGAUUCUACCAACGGCACUAUGGAUCUGGUUCAUACGACACCGUCACCACCAUCCUUGGAAGCCCAAGUCAGUCAAACAGACGAAAACGAUCUAUUAUUACAACCGGAUAUUCCUUUAGUAUUAGAAAGUAUGGAAGAGAAUCAUCUCAGUGCUACCAUGUUGGCUUUGUACGAGGAUCUUUUGCCAACCAAGGAAAGUUACGAUCGUCGAAUGGGUUUAGUACAAAAGAUUGAACAUUUAUUGAAUACAGAAUGGCCUGAUCGAAAUAUCAAAGCAAAUCUUUUUGGAUCUUCUGUCAAUGAUCUAGGGACAAAUCUAUCCGAUGUGGAUCUUUGCAUAACAACUCAAUGGAAUGGAUUACGAAAUGUACGAGUAUUAGCCAAGUUAUUUAGGAGGUGUGGUAUGCAACACGUUGUUUGUGUCCCUCGCGCCAAAGUACCUAUCGUUCGACUGUUCGAUAAAGAAUCUCAACUUGCUUGUGAUAUCAAUGUUAACAAUACUUUGGCUCUACAGAAUACCAAGAUGAUCCGAACUUAUGUAGCUAUUGAUCCUCGUGUUAGACCACUUGCCAUGAUUAUCAAACAUUGGACAAAACAGCGUAUGUUGAAUGAUGCAGCUAAUGGUGGAACCUUAUCAACUUAUACAUGGACUUGCAUGAUCAUCAACUUUUUACAAAUGCGACAACCUCCUAUUCUUCCUGUGUUACAUCAACUGAAAGGUGGCGACGACGCAAAGGAAAUGUUUUGUAGCGAUGCGGAAAAAUUACGUGGAUUUGGUGAAGCCAAUCGAGAAAGUUUAGGUGGUUUACUUUUUGCUUUCUUUCGACGAUAUGCUAUUGAAUUCGAUUAUGAUGAGCAGGUGGUUUCUGUACGACAUGGACGUUACCUAACCAAACGGGAAAAAGGAUGGCACAUUGGACGUAACAAGACAAGUUUAUGUGUGGAAGAACCUUUCAAUCUCACUCGUAAUCUUGGUAAUUCGGCGGAUAUUCGAUCUGUUCAAGGAAUCAGAAUGGAAUUGAAUCGAGCUUUAGAAAUGCUUGUUGCUGGACUUUCUUGGAAUACCAUAUGUACUCCUUAUCAAGUACUUAGUUUUGGAUCCUCAACUUCUCUUGAUACCAAUCCACCUAUCUAUUAUUCUUCAACUGUACAUUUUGGAGACAACAACGAUAACACUACAUCAUCGAAACAAUCAUCAUCAUCAUCAUCAUCAUCAUCAUCAUCAUCAUCAUUUUUACUAUCAUCAAGACAUCAUCAACCUGUAUUUCUACCAACAACUUAUUUAUCUGAUGUCAAACAUCCUACUGAACUUCACCCUCAUGAACGACGUAAAAGUAUGACUUACACCCAACGUCCUCAUGAUUUUGAUCAACAAUCACUCUCCCAUCGGCUUCAUACCAUUAAUCAAGGUUACCACAGGCGAAAUGGCACUUCUUUACCAGCAUUGAUGGAAACAAUUCCUGCUCAAUAUGUAAGCACAGCAACAACAGUACCAUCAACAAUGAUACAUCAAUUGGCAUCUAAUGGCAAUAAUAACCAUAAUAAUAAUAAUAAUACAAACAAUACAGCAUAUGUUACCUCACCAUUACCAUCACACCAUCAGGUCAUAUCCUUAUCUUCCGAACAACAUAGAACAGUAGACGCUAUAUUUGCAAGAUACCAUCGACAUCAUCCACAAUAUCAUUCUUCUCAGGAUAUGUCAUCACAACAUCAAUAUCAUCAGUACCAGAAUUUGCAACAACAAAAUCAUCAUCAUCAUAUCCAGCAGCAAUCAUCACGGAGUGGAGGGAAACGAGGAACAUCUUCACGACGUCAAUCGAACCAGAGCAACAGUAAUAAUAACAACAAUCCCAGUGACUGGCCCUCUAUAUCCGAACACCUUUCGCCAUCCAGUUCUGCCACUUUACAAACAACUCAAACCAAUACUCAACGACGCCGUCGAUGGUCCACAGCGAAAAAAUCACCUAAUUCCAAAAUAGAUGCAACACCCAUGUCCAAUACAACCUCUACCAUAGAAAUCAAAUUACCGACAAAGGAAAGGACCAUGGCCGACAUUGUGAAAUUGGAAGUGAAUAAUACGAUUCGAAUGGAUCGAUCCAUCGGCAACAAACAUGUUCGAACUUCAGCAUCAACAUCAUCUUCAUUAUCAUCAUCUGGCAAUCAGAGGAAAACGAAACAGAAUCAUGCCAAAACAUCAUCAUCAUCAAGAUCAAGGAAGAAGACAAAAGACUAACUCCCAUCUUAUUCAUUUAAUUAUUUACAUAUAUUAUCAUUUAGAUCUCCUACCCUCUACUCUCAUUUUAUUUAACAGAUAUACAUGAUCUCUUCGUUAUAGUUUC